AUGGGAAAUUGCACCAUUUAAAGCAACGAAAUUUAGGAUGAAUCAAAUCUAUCAUCCAGAAAUUUUGAAUUUAUAGAACUUCUUGGUUAAGGAAGCUUCGGACAAGUUUGGAAAGCUUAGAGAAAAAAAAACAGGGAACUUUAUGCUAUAAAAAUUAUGGAGAAGUAACUAAUAUUAAAGAGACAACAUAUUCGUCUCGUUAUGAAUGAAAAAAACAUACUUAGUUAGAUCCGACACCCAUUUUUAGUAAAUUUGAUCGCAGCUUUCCAAGAUAAGAAGAGACUGUAUCUGGCUCUAGAUCUAUUGACAGAGGGGGACUUAAGAUCACACCUAAACUAUAAUAGAUAAUAUUCUUAUUCUAACAAAGAAUUUUUUGUUGCCUGUAUAAUAGUAGCCCUAGAAUAUCUUCAUUCAUAGGGAAUUAUUCAUAGAGAUCUUAAACCAGAAAAUUUGGUUAUGGAUCGAAGAGGAUAUCUCAGGUUAACUGAUUUUGGUUUGGCUACGUUUUGGAAACCAAAUAAUUGUUAGGAUAUAAGUGGUACUUUAGGUUAUGUUGCCCCAGAAAUUAUGUGCAAACAAAACCAUGGAAUAGCUGCUGACUACUUCGCCUUAGGAGUUAUAGCUCAUGAAUGUAUGCUUGGCAAAAGACCAUACAAAGAAACAGAUCUAAAUCUAAUGAGGGAUCAAAUGUUGACUAAAUAAGUGUAAAUCAAACGAUCCUAAUUGCCAGUUGACUGGAGUAUAGAGGCUGGGGAUUUUAUAAAUUAGUUAAUAUAGAGAAAACCUGAAAAUAGGCUCGGCGCUUUGUCACCAGAUGAAGUUAAGAAUCAUAAAUGGCUGAGGAAUUUUGACUGGAAAAAAUUACAAUCGAAGGAAAUGGUGUCACCUUAUUAACCAAAAAAAAAAUUCCAACCUCGUACCUAUAAUUAGCAAGAAAGCACGAAAUAAAUCAGCAAUAAAAAUAUAAAUGAUUUCUAAUUGUAAAGUAUUUUUUAAUUUAAACUAUUAGCUUAAUUCGAAGGCUACUUCUUUGAGGCUGAAUAGAUAAAGAACACUUUGUGA